AUGAGCUGUCUGGAUGUUAUGUACCAAGUCUAUGGUCCUCCCCAGCCUUACUUUGCAGCCGCCUACACCCCCUACCACCAGAAACUAGCCUAUUACUCCAAAAUGCAGGAAGCCCAAGAGUGCAACGCCAGCCCCAGCAACAGCAGCGGCAGCUCCUCCUUUUCCAGCCAAACUCCAGCCAGCAUAAAAGAGGAAGAAGGCAGCCCAGAGAAAGAGCGCCCACCAGAGGCAGAGUACAUCAACUCCCGCUGCGUCCUCUUCACCUAUUUCCAGGGAGACAUCAGCUCCGUGGUGGAUGAGCACUUCAGCAGAGCCCUGAGCCAGCCUAGCAGCUAUUCCCCAAGCUGUACAAGCAGCAAAGCACCCAGGAGCUCGGGGCCCUGGCGGGACGGCUCCUUCCCGAUGAGCCAGCGCAGCUUCCCCGCCUCCUUCUGGAACAGCGCGUACCAGGCUCCGGUGCCCGCGCCGCUGGGCAGCCCGCUGGCCACCGCGCACUCGGAGUUGCCCUUCGCCGCCGCCGACCCCUACUCGCCCGCCGCGCUGCACGGUCACCUGCACCAGGGCGCGGCCGAGCCCUGGCACCACGCGCACCCGCACCACGCGCACCCGCACCACCCCUACGCCCUGGGCGGCGCCCUCGGCGCCCAGGCCGCCGCCUACCCGCGGCCCGCCGCCGUGCACGAGGUCUACGCGCCGCACUUCGACCCGCGCUACGGGCCGCUGCUGAUGCCGGCAGCCUCGGGGCGCCCGGCCCGCCUCGCGCCCGCACCGGCGCCCGCGCCCGGCAGCCCGCCCUGCGAGCUCUCCGCCAAGGGCGAGCCGACCGGCGCAGCGUGGGCCGCGCCCGGGGGACCCUUCGCGAGCCCCGCGGGGGACGUGGCCCAGGGUCUGGGACUCAGCGUGGACUCAGCUCGUCGCUAUUCCCUCUGUGGUGCAUCCCUCCUGAGCUGA